UCGAAGCUUGUGAAAGUCUUAUUUGUGUGCGACGAGUGGAACUCUAAUAAGGGCGGUUUGUCCACUUUCAAUAGAGAAUUUGCCAUCAAUCUAGCUAAAUCAUCGAGGGAUGACUUUGCUGUUCACUGCUAUGUCUGCCAGAGCAGUGAAUCGGACAGAGAAGAUGCUAAUAAAAAUGGCGUAAGUUUAUUAACAGCAAAGAGUGUGCCGGGAACUCAUGAUCGUUCUGAAUGGCUGAGACUUCCUCCUUCGGAUCUCCCACAGCCUGAUGUUGUGAUCGGCCAUGGGCGAAAGUUUGGCACCCCUUGUUAUUGCAUUGUACAAAAUACAAACUGCAAAUGGGUGCAGUUUGUACACGUAUCUUGCGAAGACCUUGGAAAGUACAAACAAACGGAAACAGAUGCAGUAGAAGAGAAUGAGAAGAAGCACAAAGAGGAAAUCAAACUCUGCAAAGAAUCAAACGCCGUUGUCGCUGUUGGCUCACGACUCCAGCAAAAGUACAGCAGAUGUCUCCCAGACACGAAUGUUCACUGCAUCACCCCUGGAAUUUUGGAUAAAUUUGUCAGUCUUUCAGAUCAGAAACUUGCCAAUGUUUCGCAUAGUCCUGACGAGUUCAGUGUCUUUGUCUUUGGGAGAGGAUCUUAUGAAGAUCUGGCGCUCAAGGGUUAUGAUAUUAUUGCCAGUGCAUUAGGUUCUCUUGGGGAGAAGUUCAAGAUGACAUUUGUUGGUUCACCUGAAGGCCAACAUAGAAAUAUAAUGGACUGGUUUCUACAAAAUACAAACAUAACAAGGAGGCAGUUAACAGUACGUGGUUACUGUAAUCAAGAGGAGGUGAAAGAAAUGUUCUAUGCAGCAGACUUGGUUGCUAUGCCUUCUCGUACUGAAGGCUUUGGUCUGAUCGCCUUGGAAGCCAUUUCUGCUGGUGUUCCUGUUCUUCUUACCAGUGAAUCUGGAAUAGCUGAAGCUUUAAAGAAAGUUGACGGUGGGAAAUCUGUGAUCAUUGACUCAGAAGAUCCCAAAGAGUGGUCCCAAAAAAUUAGAACACUGUCCAAGAACAAGCCGGAUGAGAGACUCAACAUGUCUAUUAAUCUCAGAGAAAGUUACAACAAGGCAUUUCCUUGGGACACCCAGUGUAAGAAAUUCAAAGAGAUCAUUUUGAAGAUGAUGAGUGACAACUGCUGUGCUGAAAGUGUUGAAGGUAGUGUUUUACUGUUCUUGCCUAUGUGGCCUUAUGCACCAGUCAAUUCAAACAUUUAAAAUCCUCCCGGCCUGGUGGGUGACUCUUAAGAGAGGUUUAGGUAGAGGUACAUGCUACUGAGGCCUUCAAAGGCUGACCCUGAUUAAGACAAAAUCUUUUCAUUUUGCUACCCUGUUGAAGACAAGAGACGAGAGUUACUGAUUCAUUUAAUUUCACAUACAGAAUUACUGCAGUUGAACUUCCAAUAAGCAGCUACCUGUUAUUAGUGGCCGACACCCUCAUUAAGGUGAUUCCCUGGUUUUGCACUGCGCAUCUCUUACUGCGCAUAACAAGAUGGCCGCCUUAAUAAAGAGCAUGUGAAGUAACAUUAUUAAAAUGAAGUUGACUGAAGAGAAACGCUAUUGGAAUUUUUGCUUACGGUUGUUUCUUGCCGAGGUGAGAUUCAAUGUGUUGGGAAUGUGCAUAACGUAAGCAGUACGCGUGUUGGUGAGUUCGACUUCCUCUCAGAGAACCUCGAUAGUGAAUGUUUAACUUGUGCUUAGACUGCUUACUCACUUUGACUUUCAUUUAAACGCUUUCUUUAUCACCUUGUGCCCUAAAUGUGAUAUCUCGAUAUAAAUUCUGUAAAAACAGAGUUUUUAAUACUUUCUUCCCCCUUGCACAUACAUUCUAUUUUGAAACUCACCCCAGUCUUCUCUCAAAAAUCGGAAAAAAUGCAUUUGGUGCACACUUUCUGCAGCGCUACCGCAAGAACGAGUACAGUUACCCCCAUUUUUUAUUUCAUGAUUUUAAUAAGGACAGUGCUUUCUUUCGAUAAGAAAAAAAUUGGCACAAAUCUAUGUUCAGUUUUUUGGCAAUUCUACUAAAUUGUACGGAUUGAGCUAUCACGGAUCGAAUAGCGUGUGUCCAAUUCAAUUCUAUCUUGGAGCGUAAAGUAAAAACAAGGGCAUUAAAAGGCAUUUUUCUGGUAUGUAAGUGGAUAAACAAUACAUUAAAGGCAAAUUCUGUGCGAUACCACAUGCAUCAUCGAAAAAAUAUUUCCUUUUUGUCUAGUUUUGGGCUGCGCACAGUUUUUGUCAAAGGGUCCAAAAUAGCCGUAUUUGUCAGCAUUGUGACGUGAAAACGAGCAUGGUGGCCCCAACUUUUUUUUACUUUUUCAUCGUCUUCUUGACUUGUUACAUCAGUGUACCAAGUUUUAUCUACAAUCUAUGUUAGGUUCUUUUACUACGGAAUCACCUUAAGCGGCCAGUAGUCAAAGUUCUAAAAUAAGAAAAGAAACCUAUUAAGCAGUCACCUUUUUGCCAUCCAGAUGAGAGUUUUCGUACAUAUUGUUGUCAGCUCCAUUAAGAAGCCAGCAAGUGCUUAGUUUGGCUUUGCUUUAAAAAUAUGAUGAAGGGAAAUACAGUCUUAAGUGUCCAUCACCUAAAAUUUUUAUAUUUUCUUAUCUGAAACUAUACCUUAUUAAAAUAACUUCUGCAAAAAAAAUUUCCGGUUUGAACAAAAAGCGAUUUUUUUUACCAAUUUCUGAAGUCUACAUUUUUGCGGUACACCUGCGCCGCUGACCAUGCAAACUAGCAGGCUCACAUAUGACGUAAAUUAAGGAACUCACAUUACCUUGCCUUCACCGGCUGUACACAAAAAACAUCAAUUACAAGUAAGGAUUGAAUCACAAUGUCUUCGCAAGAAGAAAGUUUUUCUGAAAAAGAAAAACCUAUCAGAACUCUUGAUGUUUUCCUGUCGAUAAGGUCACGUGUUCCUUAAAGUACAUGAUCAUGUAAACGUCAUACUCCGAGAGAAGACUAAGACGAAUGGUGUGCCAAAAUGGCGGCAAAUUUGAACGUUUUUAAAAAAUUCUAAAAAAUCGUCUUUGGUUCAAAUUCGCAAAAUUUUUUCGCAGAAGUUAUUUUAACAAGGUGUAGUUUCAGAUAAGAAAACAAAAAAUUUUAGGUGAUGGGCACUUUAAGGUGGUGACUGAAAUUGGACCACAAAUGCUGCUCCCAUUUUUCCCCCUUUUUUUUCAAAACAAGGUAUAGUUUCUUCUAAAGUAUAACUUAUGGUGCUAAUUUAUGUUUAACCUCUAGACGGAGUGGCUAGCUUCCAAGCCACGACUUGCCGGUACCUCGAGGGUGGUAAUUUAAUAGAGGUUCAACCGUAACUAAAACUAACAUCAUGGAGUAAAAUUUUUCGAAAAAGAUUGUUGUAGCAGAAAAGUAAACUACUUGUCACUAACGUUCACACUCUUUUAAAGGCUUCCAGUGUAAAAAGACAGAAGACUUUUAGUACUGAAAUUGUGUACCCUGAACUCAAGUUCCUGAAAACCUAAUUAUCAUGUUCAGUGGCACAUACUUGUUUAGGCCUCUGGGAAACCCCCAGGCAUCUGAACUUUUUAAGACAGGCCUGAUCUUGAUACUUUGUUUUGAACAAGGCAGUGAUAUUAUAUUUCUUGACCCUCUACUUGAUGUCGCCCAUAUUUCUCACUAUUUUCACUGUUUUUGAAAUAAGUAGCUGACUGUAAAAGGUACCUCUGAAAGAAUUUUUUGUUUGAUAGAAGUUCAGUUUCUCACUUUACAUCUUAUCUAUAUAUAUUUCUUUCUCUGUUCCAUGAGAAUGAAAAACCUGGUAUUAUGGCAGCCACCUGGACUGACAAAAUCCUCAUGAUGUUGAUUGGCAAUAUUAUUAUUGAACUACAAAAAUUAGACACUUUUUUGGGUAAAUUACAUCCAAAAUUACUGUGUAGCUUUUGAAAUCUUUGUCGAACAAGUCAUUUACUUGCAAAAGCUGUUUCUUCACUUGUAAACUCCUCCAUCUCGCCAUGAGAAAGAUAACAUCUGUCGUAACCAUGUUGUCAGACACUGGGUCAUAGAGAGAAUUUAAGACGGAAUCCACCAGGAAAUUGAGUAAUUUUGAUUUUCAGUGGACAAAAAUCUUGUACGAGAAUAAUUUAAAGCAUAUUGCAUUCUUUUUUUCAUUUUUCAAGGGCUAAAGAUGUAAUAAAUCAUCUGUAGUAACACCCAAAAAAAUUUCUUAUGGGAGCCUAAGAAAAUGAAUGUCAAAUUUCACAAAAUUACAUCUUACACAUGAAAUUUUCAGAAUUUUACCUCUGUAAUCACAAUUCUUGUGAAAUUUGACAUUCAUUUUCUCGGACUUCAAUGAGAAAUUUUCUUUGUACUGUUACUACAGAUGAUUUAUUACAUCUUUAGCCCUUAAAAAAUUAAUGUAAAAAAGAAUGCAUUAUUCUUUAAAUUAUUCUGGUACAAGGUUUUUGUCCACUGAAAAUUAAAAUUCCCACCCAGGAGAGGGGGUGGUGAAGUUUUAAAAUGACCGGCCAGUAGGGAGAGGAGAGUUUGCUUCUCCCUUAGCCUAUUCUUUUCUUUAAUUUUUGCUUCUCUUUCCCCUCCUUUCCCUCCAGAAUAAUGCUUGACAUUCAGGCUAGUUGCAUUCAGCUAGGUGUUUACUAAAGCCAUGUCCAAAUACAGUGUUUUGUUUUUGACCGACCCAUGUCUUUUGAAAAAUGAAAAAUGAAUAAUUUUGUUCAAUUUAUCCAAUAGAACAACAUCCCUACCCCGUGAGGUUAUAAUCAUUGGGCUGCCUGUGGCAAAGCCCAAUCUAAAAAUGGCUCCAUUGUGAAUGCAGCAAAAAGACAAUGGCAGUCAGCUGAUCACAUGUCUCAUUCCCUCUGACCCCUACAUGAUAUCGGCCCGAUCUUGUCAAUGUUAGGAUGAGGGGUGGGUCAUUUAAGAUGAAAAAUUCUGGGAAGCAGACUUGAAACAAAAACAAUAAUUCAUGCAUUGUGGUAUCAGUCCUAUGUUUCUACUUAAAAAUUCAGAAAAAAAUUGAUCAUGGCUAGUAAGACUGUAAAAACUUAUUGCCUAAAGAUGCCCUUCCGCUGAAAAAUUUAACUUGUAAUUGAAUUAAAAAGACAACAACUACACUGGUAGUAUUUAUAAUUCAUUUUUAAACAACUAAUGCAGAUAACAUGUAGAUCUUAAAAAAAGAUGGUGCCUUGACUGCUAUGCCAACAAUAACAAACAAAUACUUAAUAAUUUAACUGCAGAGAAAUUUUGAAGAAUGCCAAAUAUCCGCUGAAUGUUCUCUUACUCUAAAGUUUAGUGAUUAUGGCUCAUUGAAUCAAGUUCCAUUUUAAUCAGUGAUGACGUGAUUAAUUACAAAAGUAAUGUGACCUUAGUGAAAUUAUACAAAUUUUAUAGAGUCAGUUCUCAGGCCUCAGCAUUUAGCUUAGGGUCGGUGAAAAACAAACAGUUGCAGAACAAAGGCUGUUCUUUUGAUUUUUCUCUCUUGACAUGAUUUAACUCAUGUUUUAGCACAGAACCAGUCAAAGUUGUAGCUUGCAUUCAUGCAAAAUUUUUUAACAUAUUAGUUCCAAAUAAUUAGCACCCCCUUUCAGAUAAACGCCCCCUUUUAGGCUGAAAAUAUCAAAUAAGCCAGAGGCACCCAACGACUGUUUUCUGUAAAAAUAUCUGUUUGUAGAAGUAAAAAUUGCCUAGAAUUUUCUAUAUUUUGAGGAAGGCUAAAAAUUUCUUGAUGACCAUUCCAUUCAUGUACAAUAGGGCACUUGCACUAAGAGGUCACGUGACCAAUGCUUCCUUUAAACAAUGAGUUGGAAUCUUGCUGAUGCCAAAAAUUGUUAGAGCACACAAAACUUAUCUUACACCCGAAAUUUGGGAGGAAACGCAUUUAAGGGAGAUAUUUUUAUGGCACUUUGAUUUUUCAGCAAAGUAGUAUGAUUUGUAUCGGCCGCCAUGUUGGAGGGCAUGUUUUUGCCCUCUAACAUGGCGGACAAAACUACUUCUUGCUGCUAUCUUGUUCAACGUUUCAUAGUUACGCUCAGAUGUGCUGUAAACGUUAUCACAUCAUCUUUUCAACAUUUUCCGUGAAGUUUAAGUGCAAAAUUUGUGUUCAGAGAGAGGUAAUUCAUAAUUUUAAAAAUCACAUUUUGGUCACGUAACCAUUUUUUAUGAACUUAUUCAUUUUAAGAAAAUGGUGCGGGUUUGAAAAACAAAAUGACUAUUAUUUUGUUUAAGAUAUGACCCACUAAUCGUUUUUCGUAGGCAAAAUCAUGUAAUCAUUUUCAUAAAAACGAUGUCACGUGGCCUCUUAGUGCAAAUGGCCUAUUUUCAAAGCUUAUCCAAUAAAUUCCUUACAAUCCUCUGAAGUUUAAUUUUUCACGUUUCACUCACCAGGUUAAGCUAUUUUUGGAAGGAAAAGCAAAAAGAAGCAUCAAAAAAAAUUUCACUUUCGUCAAACUUUCAAUUGCAUCUAAAAUUUUCGGGAAAAUAGUACUGAAGCCUUGGUGAUUUGGAAAAGACUCAAGUUGCUAUAGGAUGACUGAACAGAUAUAAAUUUUAUAACGCUGGUUAGAUUGUAUUUCUGAAGAUCAAAAAGGACUGUGGAUGGCCUAAAAAGUGAUUUCAAUGCAUUUAGGAGGAAACCGUUGUUGGGUGCCCCUGAUAAGCACCCCUUUUAAAAAUUCCUUACUGAAUAUAUGGUGUACAGUAUGUUCAUCUUCAAUGAAUAUAACAUAACAUGUCCAAUACCAGAGAAUGAGCCAUUUGAUGACAUCACAUGGUUGGUCAUGAAGGAUGCAGCUCCUUCGCAGAACUUAGUCGCGACAAAAUCUUCAAAGCCACACAGUACAGUCAAAUUUGUUUAUAUAGUGAACAAACGUUCUACUUUUUUUAAUGUUACAGUUUCCCCAAUAAUUGUUCUUUCAUUUGAAACCUGAGACAAAUGUAAUCUUGAGUCCCAGAUUCUGAAGAAUGAAUAAGCACCCCUUUCUAGAACUACAGUCUCAGUUGAAGUUGUUGGGACACUUUGCUGUCUUCUUACCCUCUUGUUGUGACGGGCCAGAAGCAAAAAGACAGCAUUGGGUGGAAGCCCGGGGGAGGGGGGGGGGACUCUGCAUAUGAAAGUGGUGGGGAUGCUCGUCUUCUUGCUUAGGGGUGUAAAUUUUCGGAUUUGGUCUCAUUUAGGGUGUUCUGGGUAAAACACCAUCAUAUUUAGCCGUGAAGGUCUCGUUUAGGGUUGCACGCGAAAAAAUAUAAAAAUAUAUAUUUGAUAUGUGUAUUUUUAAUUCGUUUUAUUUACUCCAUUCAUAUAAUCCAAGUUUUCUCAUUUGUCUGUGUUUUAACAUGGUCUCUUUUAGGGAUCAAAAAAGCUUGGGCCACGCCCAGAUCGGUCUCCUUUAGGGGUUUAAUUCAAAAUUUCCGACGAGCAUCCCCACCACUUUCAUAUGCGGAGUCCCCCCCGCUGGGGUUGGAAGUGUCCCAGCUAUUUUUUGUCUGAGAUUGUAGCUCCCCCCUUUCUACUCAGAAAAAUAAAAUCUGCUCUGCUUUCAACUAUGACCACAAUACGAACAAGGUAAAGUGAAAUAUUUUUGUAUAUGUUUCAGCAGAAAAUCUUGACAUUCAGAUUGAUUGUGACGCCAUUGAACAAGGAGGAGCUUCAUCAACCCAAAAUGUUAGUGGGAAGGAAAAUGUCGUGGAUAGAAGAGGUCCUUCUUCACAAGAAGUUCUGAAUCUUAUUGCAGAUAAUUAUCUUCAGGCCAUUCACCCCUCAAAUCUAGAGGAGUUAAAUGGUUUUCUUCAGUAUAUGCAAAAGGUGCGCCAAGUAAUACUUGUUGAUGUCAAGACGGGAAGCUUGAUAAUCACAGUGCGGUGUACCUCGCUUCGUAUUCUUGACGAACUCUGGAAAGACUAUUGCACGGGCCAUCUACAAGAAGUGGCGCAAAGGUACCUUGUGACAGAGGACAUUCUACAACAAUGGGGUCUUGAUUCGGUGCAACUAACGGUGACUAUCAGUGAAGAGGAGUACAAAGCUUACCGAAAGAACCUUUUGAAAAAUGAAGGUAGGUACCAAAAAAACACUUGUUAA